AUGUCUAUACAAGUAUUGUGGCAAUCAUUGUAUAGAAUUGUUCGUAAUAAAUGGAAUACAGGAAAUAUUUUUGAUUCUCAAUCAGUAGAUCCAUUGAUUAUUCGUCGUGGAAUCUUGUCAACUCGUCUUUAUAGUAUUCUUGUUAUUAUUUCUCUUAUUACUUUAAUAACAUAUACUUCAUUAAGUAAUCGAAUUGAAAAUAAGACAAUAAUAUCACCAAGUCAAUCUAUUUAUGAAGAUCUUCAAAAGAAAUAUGCCGAUAGUUUACAAUGUUCAUGUACACAAAUUUCAAUUCCUUACGGAAAUUUUGUUCACACAAGUCCAUUAUUUCAUCAAGUAUGUUCAAGUAAUUUUAUUUCUCAACAAUGGAUCAAUUUCAUAUUUCAAACAAAUUCAGCAUCUAUUUGGCCAAUAGAUGUUCGAACAAGUUUGAGUGCAAUGUGGCAAUUACUACGAACAUUUUGUCAAAGUUCAAUAAACAUAAUCACAGAUGCACUUAAUCAAUUUGAUAAUUCUCCAUUAGUUAAUACAAUGCUAUUGACUGAAGAAUUAUUAGAAGCAAAAGUUGAAGCUGCUCUUUAUUUAUCACGUCAAACAGCAUUAUCGACGUUAACACAAUCAAUGACAAUUGUUCAUAAAAUUACACAAGCAAAUCAAUUAGUAACUGGAUUAUUAACAAAUUAUGUUGCUGUAACAUAUAAUUUUGGAUUAACACAAGAACGUGAUUCGUAUGUCGAUAUAGGGUAUAUGAAUGUUUCUCUUUAUUCGGGAAUAUUUGGAAAUAAAUAUAUAUUAAAAAAUUCAUCAAGAGUUUGUUCUUGUCAAAAUAAUGGUUCAUGUCCUCUACCUGGAAAUCUUUAUUUAUAUAAAACUUAUGAAAGUUUUGGCAUUUACGAUUUAAAUAGAAUUAAAGCAAAUGAAACAUUAUCUGGUAUAGUAAUUGAUUGUUUACCAUCUCAAAUGACACUUUCAUCAUCAUUAGAAUGUUUUUAUAAUCAAUCAUGUCUAAAUAUUCUUUUAUCAUCUUAUAAAAAUCCAUUAAAUAUUUCAAUUCUUAAUCAAUCUUUAUCAAGUCGUUUUCUUUCAACAACAAAACUUGAAUUACUUAUCAAUGAACUAUUUCUUGAAGAGAUUUUUAAUGCAACAAAUUAUACAAAAUAUUAUUCUCAAUGCUCACCCAGUGUUUGUCAAUACACUUAUAUACAUAGUUUUAGUUGGAUUUAUAUUCUUAUAAUAUUUACUGGUCUUCUUGGAGGAAUAACAACUGUAUUACAUAUAAUUACUCCAUAUAUUAUUCAAUUAACUCUAUUUUCAAAUAAUUAUCAACAAAAUCAAAUUCGACCAAAAGAAUUUUUUGUAAAAUUCAAAAAUAAAAUCCAAAAUUUUAAUUUAUACAGUAAAGAUUCUCGUGAUCCAAUACGUGUUUAUCAUGGUGUUUUAGCAACACGAUUAUAUAUUAUUUUAUUAUUAAUUUCAAUAU